AUACCAGGUUAUGUUGGUGGAGGCUGGUAUAACCAUAAAGGUGCUGGAACAAACUCAUUAUGUUUACCAGAAACACCUGAAUAUGAUAAAGAUUUGAUAACUAACGCAGUUGAUUGGCGGUCUUUGAUAUACGGUGCUGAAUUUGGCGGAAACUUACAAAACUAUGACCUCGUGUGUGCGGUGUGCCUUGUGCGUGGCAGAUCAACCACUUUGAUGAUUCCUGCUAAACUCACCUGUCCUUCAGGCUGGACCAAAGAAUAUGGCGGUUUAUUGAUGGGAAGUUACAAGAAUUAUAAUGCUCAUGAUUAUAUUUGCGUUGAUAAAAAUACUCAGGGGCGACCUGGUUCUGCUGCGGACAAGAACGGUGCGAUAUUUCAACCUACUCAAGGAAAAUGCGGCUCGCUCCCUUGCCCACCGUACGUUGAUGGGAAUGAGUUAGCGUGCGUUGUAUGUUCCCGUUAAUAAUUUAUGGCGUAGGUAGGCUAUUAUGUUUUUUCGGCAGCCUUUAUGAUGUUCUGCCAAAAAUUUAUAUGCUCUAUAUAUUAUGCCUAACAGAUGAUUUUUAAAUUUAUUUUAAACUUUUCGGAAUAAUUAAUGUUUUUUGCACUUCCCGAAGAUACUUAAAUUCGUUUGCCGAUGUUCUUACACUUCUUCAUUUUACUAAGGUCUCCUGCUCAUGGUAAUUUAAAAGUACCGUACACAGCAAAAGUAAUCAUUGGCACUUGAAGAUAACUAAUAAAAUAUA